AGCCCCACUCCAGCCCAGACACCACCAUGACAGGCUCCUGCUGUGGAUCCUUCUCCUCCCAGAGCUGUGGAGGCUGUUGCCAGCCCUGCUGCUGCAGGGACCCCUGCUGCUGCCGCCCAGUGUCCUGCCAGACCACAGUGUGUCGCCCUGUGACCUGCGUGCCCCACUUCACUAGGCCCAUCUGUGAGCCCUGCCGCCGCCCCAUCUGCUGUGACCCCUGCAGCCUGCAGCAGGGCUGCUGUCGCCCUAUCACCUGCUGCCCCACCUCUUGCACAGCUGUGGUCUGCAGGCCCUGCUGCUGGGCCUCCACCUGCUGCCAGCCCAUCUCAGUGCAGGCUCCCUGCUGCAGGCCCCCCUGCUGCCAGCCUGCUCCCUGUAGGACCACCUGCAGGACCUCCCCCUGCAACACCUGCUGCUGAGCUCCUGGCAUCCCUACCAAGGACGUGUCUUUCCCCACACACCUGUUCACUUGGGCUUUUAGUCAAACUGAAAGAAAAUAUUUUUCCCCGAAGAUGACAACAGCUUAACAUCCUAUGGCCUGGAUAUCACUUGAAAUAAGAAGAUGUCACCCUGCUCUAUUCCAAAUUCCCAGAUGUCUGUAUCAGCGGACAGGACAGCAUUUGUCGUGGAUGGUAAAUCACCUUCAGAAGUCCCCAGAAUGGGCCAGACAAGUCCAUUUUGAGCCCUUGUGAUUCAGGCAGAUUCAGAUACAGAGUCUCACCUGUGUCUCUGCCAUGUGUUGCCCACUGUUUCAAUAAAAUGAUUUUUCCCAGCAUAGCAAAUGCCCCACUC